UUCGCGGAGCGCGAACGGAGUUCCUCGCAGUCGUGAUCCGCGGUCCGUCGCGUUCGCAUUCGCUUCCCGUUCCGGCUCGCCCGUCCGCGAUCUAUCGAGGGAUAUGACCGAUCGGCUCGUGAAUUAAUCCGGUUUUUAUUUCGCCCGCGAUCGCGAUUCGCCACUGACGACAAGUUGAGUUAGCCGUCGGUCGACGCCGCGCUUCCUGGACGCUUCACCGCGAGGCGCGAUUCGAGAAGAACAAUGUUGACAAGCGGUGACGAGUGACUGGUAUAAACGAAAACGGGAGUCGGAAUCUCGCGUGGAAUCUUGACGGUCGCGCUUGCGAGGACGAUAACGAGAGGCACGACACGUUACGUUCUCCACCGGUGACGGAACCGACGGCGAAAGAAGUAAAGGAACUCGGCGAGCCUGCAGGAAACUCAGAGAGAGGCGCGUAACAGACGUAGUUACAUGAAUUCGGACGCGCGGCAGGGCGUCCUCGAUCGUGCCGCGGUCGCGGAGCGAUAAGGGCGAGCGUCGUCUCCCUUUGUUCGACGUGCCGGCCGGUGCCGGUCUCGUCGCGGCACGCGAAGCGUGCGGACCGUUUCGCGCUUACACGUGGCUCGUCCACAUGGAUCGUUUGCCGCGAAACACGAGCUACGUAGCCGCGUCCGUCCGUUGAUCCGUCGAUCCUGCCAUCUUGUCGUUCGACGCGUCCUUGUCAAGAGCGCGAGAUGUUGGCAUAACGUCGACAUGGAGACGUUAUACACCGGCGCGAUUCACGGUUUUCCGCAGCCCGGCGGCGGAAUAGCUAAUGGCGUUUCCACGGGAAUCGCAAGUUCCUUCGACCAGGACGGUGUGCUUAGCCUCAUCGUCGUUCUCGGAGGAAGUCUGUCCCUGGUGGCUUUGGUGUUUGCGUUCAUCACAUAUAGUCUCUUCUCCGACUUGAGAAGCCUGGCAGGCACGACCCUGAUGAAUCUUUUGGCAGCCCUUUUCAUGGUUCAGCUAUUGUUCAUCGUAGGAGCUGGAGGAGUACAGGAUUCGGAGCUCUGCAUUUCGCUCGGUCUGAGUCUGCAGUAUCUCCGGGUGUCGGUGGUCUGCUGGUUGGCGGCGAUGUGCCACCACCUGUACGCCACCGUGGCGUCGCUGCCGCGCCGGGACGACCCACCGACGUACAUAAAGUACAGCCUGUUCGCCUGGGGCGCGCCGUUGAUCAGUCUCGCCCUGGCGACUCUCUUGCAGAGCCGCGAAAGCCACGAUUUCUGGGACGUCGUUGAUCUCACUCCCUUCAACUGCUGGUUUCUGGGAGCCACGGCGACAGUUUACGCGUAUGGUUUACCGGUCGUGCUGCUACUAUUAAUUUCCGGUUACUACCUCGUCAAGGCUGCAAUCGUGUCAAGGUACACGUGCAGCAUGCAGCUCGAGAUAAAACAACGCGAGAAGAUGAAGAGGAGGCGGGCGUUGCAGCUAAUGCUCUUCCUGAAGGUCAGUCUGAUCGUCGGUCUGGUGGCCGGUUGCGGGGUGGCGUCCAGGGUCUGGAAAAUUCCUUUUCUAUGGGCGGUUUUCUGCACGGGCCAUUCCCUCCAGGGAUCGGCGGUGGCACUCUCCGUCGCGUGUAACUGCAGGGUCCUGAAAGUCUAUGCCAGAAAAUCGCACAAACAACAAGACCAUCAGAUCGCAAAAUCGAGCAGUAGCAUGCAGCUGCUCGCACCAGCACCGGAUCCGGUUUAGGCGGAUCCUGAAACGACCCUCCGGGACGGAACGGACAGGAACGAAGAGGAAAAUCAACGAGUGGCGACGGCUGGUGUCUCUUUCUCCGCGAGCCAUAACUAUUUUUACAUCGAAAAUAUACUGACAUUUCCCUCUUAACUUUGCCGUUUCUCUCUGUGACCGCGAUUUUUCUCCGUGACGUGCGAUUUCAGCCUCGAUUGCUUCAACUAUUCCUUUCAACGCGAUCUUUUUUUCGUUGUCUAAGAUGGGUAGAAGGUUCUUUCAGAAAAUUUGUGGAAACUGAAAGGAAUUGAAAAGGAGGAGGUAGAAAAUUUGUAAAACUUUCGAUCGAUGGAUGUUGAUAAUAUUCUGAGUUGUUAUUUUCGAUAAUUUAUGGCAGAAUUGUUGUAAAAAAAGAUGUACGUCCCAUUACAGUUCAAUAUAAUUCUCGCUCUGGUCAUUAAACAUUACUUGGUCGUUAUUAUUCUCAGAGGCUCGAAAGGGCUGGAAAUUCGAGUCCUUUUGCACGCGCGAGCUGUACUAAUCCACUCGUGGACUGUAAUUAUUAUUAAUCGUGUUCCACGUGAGGCUUGCACAAACAAUCCUAAUUUUGACGACUCAUUAUGCGAUCCAUUAUUUAUUACGCUCUACAAAUCUCGAUAAACUCUCGAGCAAUGAAUUAUAACUAUUAUACUUAGCGCAAGUCCUAAAAAAGUAAAAAAGUAAGAAGAAGAGUCAAACUUUUCAAGAGAAGGCAAAUUAUAAACUUCAACUGUUCAAAGUUUUUAAAAUAAUGCUGAGAGAACUCGGAGAAUUAACUAUAGUUCACUAAAGCGGAUUGUUCCUCGGACACGAAGUUAUUAAUUAUUUCUGCGUAUGGUAAAUUAUUAAACGCUGAGGAAACAUGAAUUUAAAUGAAUAUGAAUAAUUAACUCUUAAUUGAACUGAACUGAAAAUUUGUCAACUCCAACGUAUCCUUAAAUGAGCUUAAUUUAAGAGAGAUCGAUUAUAAUUAAUUUUUCAUUUUGAUCUUACGCGCAUUCGGCAAGUUACUGCAGCGACUGAUUUACGAGACUCGAAUCGCACGUUUCCGUAGUCCUAAUCGCAUUCUGCAAGUCGAUUACACAUGAUGUUGCGCGAUGUUAUAACGCGAGGGACAAUUUAAUACGGUUCCGAUAUGACUAAUGAUUUUACGCUUCAGCGAGAAGCGCAAGCAGCGGGAAAUGUGCAGUAAUGCGUUGCAACUAUCCCUAAUGUGAUAUGCAUAUCGUGUUAAAUACAUUAUAAUUCUGUAUAUAUAAUUCCGUGAGUGACGAAUAGUCGCUCUCUUAAUUAUUUUCUAUGUACAGUAUUGCUCGGUAAACUUCAAUUUGUGAUCCAGAAACAUAAUUAUAUAAUUAUUACCUUACUAUAACUUUUCUUGGGAUUUGAUUAAUUAGUAAAAGUAUCAUUGUUGAAUUUAGUGAAUAUAAAUAUGUAUUAUAUCGAUAAUACAAAUUUCUCAUUAUAAAAAUGAAUAAUGAGAUAAAUGUACACACAGAGAGUUGAAAAAAGAAAUAUCACUUAUAUAUAAUUUUAUAUCUAGUAUUUUUCUCAGAGAAAAUUUUCCAUUUUUUGACGAAAGCUCUUUGGACGAAUUUAUCGCAAAUUUUUAAUACCUGAUGUUAAAUAUCGCGAAUUUCCGUAAACACGAGCACCGUACAAACAAGAAAAAUUAUUUUUCUUUUUAAACAUGACCUAGAUUUGCCGGAUUGUCCCGUGGGGGAUUAAUCCAGUCUUCCGGCUCUCCACAAUAGAAUUUUAAUGCGCAACGGGAAAAGUUAUAUGGUUUCAUAUCAAAUCUCUGGAUCUCGAAACUGGGACGAGCGAUACGUAGGUUGGAUCGUCAUCGUGAUCGCUGUUAGCGUGACUUUCUCGCGAUGAUGAAUACCAUAGGCGUGAAGCCUAUACGUCAUACGCCGUGAUUCAAUUUGCAGAAGUCACUUAAGGGAUGAAGUUCCGUGCUUCGAGAGGAGGUGAAUCGAGAAUUCUAAUAGAAGGCACCGUCGGUCGUUUACGGGAUUUACUUCGAAAUCUUGUGUCCCUUUGCGUUUAGGAGACCCCGUUUAACCCGCGGGGGUCCGGUGAUCGAUCGAUCGAUCGAAGGGUUGGCUUUCCUCCGCCUCACGUUGCUCGACGCUCCGGCAACAAAUGCGGCGGCGGACUGAAACCACCGUGCCGUGGCGUGGCGCGUUGGUGAUGUAUCGAUACCUAUUGCUCCCAUUUCGCGAGCGAGGAAAGCAUUCGAACGCCAUCGUUUCUUCCCGCUGAAUGGCAUCUAAUCAAGGACGAGAGCGGUGUAUAAAUUGGGCGCGCUACGAGCACCGACAUUUGAUUAAAGUGUGUGUAUAUAUAUAUAUAUAUAUAUAUAUAUAUGUGAAAGAUGCUAUAUAUAUAUAAAAGAAGAGAGUUUAUAUAUAAGAUGGUUAAGAGAAAAUACAGAAAAUAGUACUUUAAUUCUUGGUAAGAGAGCGACGGUUGAAAAUGUUCUAUUAUACUACGAGAGUAAAUGAAUGUUCAGGUAUCUGUUGAAAAUAAGAAAUUUUUUAAAUAUAUAUUAGCUAUCUCUCUCAACAUCGUGAUAAGUAUAUUUAGCAGUGAUAGUUAGUCUGUGUUUUAAGCCGUUUUGAAUUAAUCAAAAUCUCGGAUUAGAUAUAUCAGCUCCCUUUCCGAGCCGCAAAUAAGUCCCAGUCUACAAUAGAUGUUUUAAGCCCUUGGCCCUAAGAAAUUGACCAAUCACAGUCAAUUAUUCUUUUCAAAUUUAACUGUGAUUGAACAAUUUCUUAAGGCUUAGGGCUUAAAACACCUAUUGCAGACCGGGACUAACGUAGUCGAAAUGAUGGCGUACGAUUGCGUUUGUUUAACUGCAUAUCGGAACGCUGUGAAGGUAUAUAUGAAAUGGGUCGAGGAAUGAAACGCAGUUGGUUUACUAUCGGACGUUUGAUCCGUUAACGAACGAGAAACACGAGCGAGUGAAACACAGUAAGUACUCAAUGUAGGCCGACAUAUCAGUGUUGAAUGAUGCCCUUGAAUUUUCUAAACAUCGAGCGGACCGAAUGCCGGACGCGCGUGAUCGUUUGUCCGAAAUUUCGUCCCUGCGCGAGGUUUGCUUGAUCGAUACACGUCCGCGAACCCACCGCCUGUGUACACAACAUCGACGAGAGGAGGAUAUUCGUCGAAUCGUGCUUCGAGAGUCGCGCGAUUAAUCGCCGUCUAUCUCGCGACGGGGAGGUUUCUGUCAAUCGAUGAAUAAUUAGGAGCAAUUAUGACGGUAAUUGCGACAUUGAGAUAAUUGUGGACCUUUGUAUAUGUUCCGAUAAUUCAACGGAUAACAGAUUUUAUCCGUUUUAACGGAUAAUCAUUGUAAAGCUAAGAAUUAUAACUGCACGUUUAUUGUUCUUUGUAAUAUAUACAAUUUUAUUAAGAUAUUAAUAACGUUAACCACUAUUAUUCAAAUAUUAUACAUCAAUAUUCAUUUUUUUAUUUUAACUUCUGACUUUUGUCGUCAAUUAUGUCAUUGGAACAUAUCACAAUAUUAUCUUCUCAUAAUUAUUUCUGAGCCGCAUGAAACCAUAGACUUGAAGAUAUUGAAGCGUUAAAAAUAUUUUUCAUUUAAAAAUAAAUUUGAAAGAAAUUUUUGAUUUCGAAGAUACUUAUUAUAAUUUCUUAAAUUAAUUAAUUUUAUUUCGUUAAUUUAAUAAGAAGGUAAUUUGUCUACCUACUUUUUAUGAGAAGGAUAUAACUUACAGGAUAUAUAUUAUCGAGUUCAAAACUGACAUAUCUCCAUUUCUUUUAUAUCUUUCUUAUAUUUUCUUAGGAUAUGUUAUCCCUUCGUCUUCUAUGAUUUAGUGAUGCCAUAUGAGCGGAGAGAAAUUUGCACGAUAUAAGUAAUAUCUAAAAUCCGGAGACAAAUACGGUUCCUGUAAAGGGGUCUAAUCUUCCUGUCGCGAGACGUACGUGUCAUAUGGGACAUAUCGAGGCGUGUAUCCUCCAUCGUGGAUGCCCCAUCGAUCGCUCAAUCGUGGCGUUACACGUUCACGCAAACGAACCCAGACCAGAUUCCGCAUACGCAAGCUUGUCUGUAUCCUCGGUCAACGUCGCGGUAUCAAGCAUAUCCUGCGAACGCGGUAUCGACCAAUCGACUACUAGGUAACAGGAUUCAACGUGUGAACGUAUAUAGAGAGACGUAUGAUUAUCGAUCUCUCUCUCAUCCGAGAGAAAUCCGUGUGCGUGUUAUGUGUGCGUGCUUGCGCGUAUAUAUCCGCGCGAUCGCGUACGCGGUGGUUUCGCGGCCGGCAUUCCCCCGCGACGCAAUUAACGCCCGAUAAUGAUCUGUUGCAAAUCUGCGUUAAUGCGCUUAUGUAAUCGCGACACGUGUGUACAUACGUGUAGAGACGCAUGUAAUCACGGCGAAAUAAAUAUUUUGAAACCUAAA